AUGGCAGUGGGAUUCCGCCGGCGGCUCACCGCGCUCGGCGUCCCCAAGGCCGCCUUGCUCCGCCGCACGCGGCACAAGAAGCUCUCUUACUCCCGCGUCCGCUCCAACAGCCUGCCCGGCCGCUUCCACCCCGUCGUCGCGGGCCUGCACGAGUCGGCCAACGCGCUCAUCGCCUGGGCGGAGGAGCCGGCGCAGGCCAGCCCGGCGUGGCUCGGCGACGGGGUGGCGCACCUGGGCCGCCUCCUCGCGGGGCUCACCGACCUGCUCCACCACCCGCAGGCGCAGGACCCGCUCCAGCGCCGGAGCAAGACGGCGCCGUGGACCGAGCGCCUCCUGGACGACCUCCUCCUCCUGGCCGACGCGCACGGCUGCUUCCGCGAGGCGCUCCUGGCGCUCAAGCAGCUCCUCGCCGAGGCCGAGGCCGCGGUGGCCGAGGCCGUAGCCGCCGCCACGUGCGCCGCGGCGGCCGCGUCCGCCGCCAUCCUCGCCGGGCUCGCUUCCGCCUCCACCUCGUCGUCCUCGCGCGCAAUGCCGUCCCCGCUGGCGGUCUCUCCGGCGAAGGUGGCUGCCGUGCCGGUGUGGUGGGUGGCCGACCUCCUUCGGUGGCGGCGGCGUACGGUGGCCGUCGCCGCAAGCGAAUCCGGACCCGGUGCAAAAGAGGUGCCUCUUGAGGAGUGCUGCAACGAGGAGGAGGAGGAGAGGCAGGCGGCCAUGGAACGGCUGCGGAGGCUGGAGGAGUGCGUCGUGGCGGCAGAGGACGGCUGCGAGCAGGUGUACCGGGCGCUCGUUAACGCGAGGGUGUCGCUGCUCAACGUGCUCACGCCGUGCUUUUGA